AUGGCAUCUCGUUAUAGGAAUUGCAAUCAUCGGACAGCAGCCAAAGUUCUAUUCCUGCCACUGCUGCUGCUGCUGCAUUUGCUGCUGGGUGAAGUUGCAGGCUUUCCGGAUGGCGCGCCAGCGGAUACGUGUGUGAAACAGAGGGCGAAUCAGCCUAAUCAUGGCAAGGCGCGCUCACAGCCGGCGCAUACAAAUCCGUUUGAAGUGGUCGCCAGCUCGCAGACGUUUCAUCCGGGGCAACAAGUGGAGGUGACCAUUUAUCCCGUGCAUCAGGAUAAGACAUUCCGUGGCUUCUUUCUGCAGGCGCGUGAUGCCAAUUCAAAUGAAUGGCUCGGCGAAUGGGUGCAGAGUGAGAAUACGAAAACGAUACCAGAAUGCUCGGCCAUAACGCACUCGGAUAAUCGUGAUAAGCUGGGUGCAAAGCUAAUAUGGAAGGCGCCGCAGAAUAAGCGUGGCAAUGUCUACUUUACCGGCACUGUGCUACAAGAUUACGGAAAUUUCUGGAGCGAACUCGUCGCCAAAGUGCAAGCGGUGCAAUAAGAUACAAGAGUG